ACAACACUUAAAAUAAUAAGACUUAAGAACUAUCUAACAACAAAAGUCUAGUACUGCGACUGGAUAAUGUAUGCGGUGAUCGCUCGGAACUCUACUAGUCAGUUCGCCGCAGUAUAAGUGGCGCACGGGCGGGGAUGGACGUGUCGACCGGACGCUCUGAGUUUUUAUCGCGCGUGGAGUGACUUACGUGAUGUUAAAUUAACCGCGCUCAUUAUACUAUAGUGUUCGUGUUAUAGUAUUGUCCGAGUGACGCCUCGUUUUAGAAUGCUUAUGGUACAGAGCAACGCACACCCCAUGAAGACCACCAAAAUUAAGGGACCCCCACCUGUACCACCGCGGCCGAGUCAGAGCAUGGUGGCCGAAGCUCUGGCGAAGACUAGGAAAGCCGUGGCGGAUUCGAAGGCCACUGUAAAGACUAGAACGUUCACAAAAAACGAAAUCCAUCAUGUUUCGUCCAAAGCUAAAACUUUGGACCGGAAUGCGACGCCUACAAAGCCUUCAGUGUCGCCGCGACAGAACGGGCUCGCUCGUGUCAAAUCUUUCAUUAAAGACGUUAUCAGUGAUCGCAGUUCAUCGUCUGACGAGAAAAAAUCUAGUGGUCACAACUCCAGGAGGAGUUCAAGUGACAGUAGUUCGAUUCAUUCACCGGCGUCUAACAAGUCGAGUGAAUCGCUAAAUUCCAAAGCUGUUAAAACAUGUAAACAAAUAUUGGUUCGAUCUUUGUCCACAUCUAAUAGGUUAGAUCAAGAUCAAAAGUGUAAAGUUUCUAAGUCGUCUAGUUUUGCCGAGAAAACCCUGCCCUUGCGUAAGGCUCCCCCACCACCGUUGUCACCUAAACCUAAGUUAAAGCCAAUGAAACCGUUACCUGUACAGAAAAGUGUAGAACAAAAGAAGCAAUUAAAACAACCAGACACCGGCAUUUACGCGUUGCCGGUUGAUGCACAGCUACCACAAAGCACAGACGAUUGCUAUGCAACCAUAGAGGAAGUUCAAAAGGUUGAGGAUAGACUGCAGAACAGUUCACCUAAACAUAAUAAUUCAGAUACACAAAACAUUGAACAUCAAUUAGACGACAUGAACAUAAAUAAAAACAAUAAUAACAACUCUUUGGAAAGAAAGACUUCUCGAGUAACCGAAAUGCUUAUUUCGGAAAUUCUCGCGAGUAGAAACAAUAAUAAGGGAGAGGCCAACGCUGUUAUAGAUAAAGGGAAAGAUUCUACGAAUUUGACUAACGGCAACGAAUCGCCCGAGGUUGAGAAAAUGAAGGACAUGAAUAACCACGAGAUGUUGAUAUAUGAACUGCAGACGAUGAGAUCACAGUCCAAUGUCCCGGAAGGCUUAGACGCCAAGGAAAUUGACGAUAUGCAAUGUGAUUCGGAAGAUGAAAAUUACACUGCAACAUCUGUGACAAGCGAAAAUAUUGAAGAUGAUCAAGCGUACGCGUACAUACGGGACGAUGAUCUCAAAUCUAGACUACGCAAGCAGUUCCGAGCCAUCAGUACCAUGUCGCUGCAAGGGAUGCCUCCAUUGCCAAAGAGCCUCAGCGGUUUCGCUGACGGCGAGCCUGAUCUCCGAGAGCCACCCCUGACCCCUGCUGAAGAGCAUCCCCCCACGGACCUGGACUCCCAAUUGAUCUACUUGAAGAAGGAAAUGGCCAGCCUUCGUCAGCUAGACCUGUCUCUCCUCUCCGAGCUGUGGACCCUCAGCGAGGCCAUGGCCUCUUGGAGACGGCAGCUGGAGCGCGGACCUCGGCUUCGCCCCGCGCCACCCCCACCCCCGCCGCCGCACUACCUUAGAACCUAAAUACAUUAUGUUGACUUAAUA